CCACAGUGGAGCGUCCUGUGCACGGCGUGAAGGCACCCGGGGGCCUCAUUCGCCUACCUGACAUCUUCUACACACUUGAGGACGAAGAAGAAGAAUUUUUGGGUGAUGCUCGGCGCGCCAUCUUGCUCCGAGCAGAGCAAAAUAAGUGUUGGUUUUUUUGCAGUUUUUGUGAGUUGUCCCAAGGGGUAAUCCACUCCUUCCUGGCGUCUCGGCUGAGGGUCCUCGGCUGUCAUCCCGCACACAAGAGAGGACCUCAAAGUUUGCAGCCACGAUGAUGUCCUACAUCAAACAACCGCAUUACACCAUGAACGGCUUAAAUUUGCCCGGCCCUGGCAUGGAUAUGCUGCACACCACUGUUGCUUAUCCUUCCACACCGAGAAAGCAGCGGAGGGAGCGGACCACCUUCACCAGAACACAACUGGACAUCCUGGAGGCUCUGUUUUCGAAGACCCGCUACCCAGACAUCUUCAUGAGGGAGGAAGUAGCGCUCAAGAUCAACUUGCCAGAGUCACGUGUGCAGGUGUGGUUCAAAAACCGCCGUGCCAAAUGCCGCCAGCAGCAGCAGCAGAGCAAUGGCCAGUCCAAACCCCGCCCCCCCAAGAAGAAGGCCUCGCCGGUGCAGGAGCCCACCAUCCCAGAUCCCGUCCCCAACCCGUCCGGCUCAUUCAGCCCCUCGCCGGUCCAGGUAGGCCCCAGCCUGGCCCAGGGUUCCGGUGGCGGAAACACGGCCGUGUCCAUCUGGAGCCCGGCCAUCUCGCCCCUCCCUGAUCCCCUGGCCUCCUCCACCGCCCCCUGCAUGCAGAGGCCCUCACCAUACCCCAUGAGCUACGGCCAGCCGUCCGCCUACAGCCAAGGCUACGCCAGCACCACUUCUUACUUCACGGGUCUGGACUGCAGCGCCUACCUGUCCCCCAUGCACUCGCAGUUGUCGGGGACCGGGGGCGCCCUCAGCCCCAUCACCGUGCCCUCCAUGGGGGGCUCCCUCAGCCAGUCACCGGCCUCACUUUCUUCACAGGGCUAUAGCACCGCCUCCUCCUUGGGCUUCACCUCUGUUGACUGCCUGGACUACAAGGACCAGCAGGCCUGGAAACUGGGCUUCACCACAAUGGACUGCCUGGACCAUAAGGACCAAAACUCCUGGAAGUUCCAGGUCCUCUAGAGAAGCUACGCCUCUUGGCAUGCGUAUAUUGUUAGUUGCCAGGCGUGCGGCUUUCUUGUUUGUAUGAGUUUGAUGUUACUUUAAAAGGCCGCCAUUUUAGAGGAGACGUUCACCUGAAUACAUUUGGACAACAAACGCCUUUCAAGAGUUUGUAGAAAAAGACUGCACAUAGAGACACAGCUCUAUGCUAUUUUAUUUAUUUUGACUUAUUUCUUUGGUUUGAUGUCAUUUGCUUGAUGUUCUUAAGCGUUUGUGUUCAGUACAGCCAGUGUUAGCAUGUAGCGGACCUUCUGUUUUAGCUGUGUGUCAUAUUAAAGCCAUUUAUUCUGGA